UCGAAACAAACAGCCCUUAAUUUAUUUUGUCGAAUGCAUGGCUCUUCUUUGGAAAGAAAAAUAUAAUAAUAACUGGAAAGAAUCCUAAAUGCAAAUCAUACUAUUCGGUGGAAUCUAUGGAUCUUUGCCAAAAUUGAUGAACCCAACGUCACGGAGGUGGAAUCAUAUAAUAUAAUGAGCAACAGCGUAGCUAUCCUAUACUUCUACAAUAAAAUAUAUAUCAAAGCAAUUAAAUAUAGCAUAAGAAGUUGUUCAUGUUGAAUCAUAUAUAGAGCUAGCAGUGGAGGGCUACUAGAACUCAACUUCCUCCUUGUCCAUAGCAAGCCCAUCCUCCGCAUUAAUUUGUUUAGGACAGAUUCACUACUUCUUCCAUCUGGGUUUGAACUGAGAAGCCAUCUUGUUCAUCUGUGCCUCAAAUUUUCACUCACAAAAUUCACUAUCUCCAAUGUGUUUGAUGAUAAUUAUACAGGCAUGAGGCCAAUAAGGUAAGAAUUGCUAGUAGUUAAUGUCAUAUGCUAGAUCGGACGACCCAUAAUGGACAUCCAUAUUUGUUGACUUGGUGGUUGACUGGCAUAUACUGCUAUCCCCAUGGUCAAAGGUUUCAGAGAAUGGCAGCCAGAGAACACGAGCAAAAGAUCAGACCAUCAGAGAGAGUAAAUGCAUGACACGUGUGUCCAUGUCUCAUAUCCACAACUUGUGGCCUUUGACUGCCGGCCUGAAUUAGAGUGUCUGUGUUGUGCAUAUGGGCAAACUCUCUCUCUCUCUCUCUUGACUGCUCUUCUUCUGUUUUUGAGCAGAUAAAUUGUUUCAUGCAAUCUACUCUAGAAUUUAGUACCAUGUAUAAGAGUUGCAUAAUUUAUCAUAUAUUUGAAGAAAAUUAAUGCACUUUAUGGUUGUUGUUUAGUGUGUUAUUAGCUCAGACUCAAGCUCCGAGUAAAUCCCCUUGAAAGAGCAAGCAAACACAAAGAAGUUCAGGAAAAACCAUGGCAGAAGAUGAUACCUACACGAAAGAUGGGACUGUAGAUUACAGAGGAAAUCCGGCAGAUAAAACCAAAACUGGAACCUGGAAGGCAUGCCCUUAUAUUCUAGGAAAUGAAUGUUGUGAAAGAUUGGCAUACUAUGGGAUUAGCUCCAACCUGGUGCUUUACUUUAAGAAGCGACUACACCAGCAAAGUGCUACUGCUAGCAAAAACGUAGCAAAUUGGAGUGGAACAUGCUCAAUCACCCCAUUGAUUGGGGCAUUUUUGGCUGAUGCCUAUCUUGGAAGAUAUUGGACUAUUUUCUGUUUCUCCAUCGUCUAUGUUAUUGGGAUGACUCUUUUAACAGUGUCAGCAUCAGUCCCUGGCCUAAAGCCUACGUGCUAUGGAGAAGAUAACUGCGAUGCAACAGACACACAAGCUGCAGUGUGCUUUCUAGCACUUUACCUGAUCGCACUGGGCACUGGUGGGAUUAAGCCUUGUGUCUCAUCGUAUGGAGCAGAACAAUUUGAUGAUACGAACGAGGUUGAGAAAAAACACAAAGGUUCUUUCUUCAAUUGGUUCUAUUUUUCAAUCAAUAUUGGCUCUCUGGUUGCUUCUUCUGUGCUGGUCUGGAUACAAGACAAUGUGGGAUGGGGAUGGGGCUUUGGCAUCCCGGCAGUGGCCAUGGGAAUUGCUGUGUUGAGUUUCUUUUCAGGUACUCGAUUGUAUAGGAACCAGAAACCUGGAGGCAGCCCUCUUACACGCAUUUGUCAAGUGAUUGUGGCAUGCGUGAGAAAAUGCAAGGUUGAAGUACCUGAUGACAAGUCCCUUUUGUAUAAGCCCCUUUUGUAUGAGACUGCGGAUGCAGCAGAAUCUGCUAUUAAAGGAAGCCGCAAGCUUGAUCACACAAAAGAUUUAACCUUCUUUGACAAAGCGGCAGUGGAGGUACAGACAGAUCACGUCAAGGACUCGAAAGAUCCAUGGAGACUUUGCACAGUUACCCAAGUUGAGGAGCUGAAAGCUAUCAUACGCUUGCUUCCUAUAUGGGUCACAGGCAUCAUCUUUGCCACUGUAUACAAUCAGAUGAGCACCUUAUUUGUGUUGCAAGGCGACACCAUGGAUCGGCAGUUUGGUUCCUCUUCCUUCAAGAUCUCAUCUGCAUCAAUGCCGGUCGUUGACACCAUCAGUGUCAUUUUCUGGGUCCCAGUCUAUGAUCGAAUCAUUGUCCCAUUAGCUAGAAAAUUCACAGGACACAAAAAUGGCUUUACUCAACUGCAGAGGAUAGGCAUUGGGCUCUUCAUAUCCAUCUUUUCCAUGCUAUCUGCAGGAAUUUUGGAGCUUGUAAGACUCAGAAUGGUUAGAAGACACAACUACUAUGAACUUGAGAGCAUACCCAUACCCAUAUUUUGGCAAUUUCCUCAGUAUUUCAUCAUUGGGUGUGCAGAAGUUUUCACAUUCAUUGGGCAGCUUGAGUUCUUUUACGAGCAAGCACCUGAUGCCAUGAGGAGUCUGUGCUCUGCUAUCCAACUAACCUCUGUGGCAUUGGGCAGCUACUUGAGCUCUCUGCUUGUAACCAUUGUUACUACAGUGAGUACAAGGCACGGGAAGCCUGGAUGGAUACCAGACAAUUUGAAUUAUGGUCAUAUUGAUUACUUCUUUUGGCUCUUGGCCGUGCUGAGUGUGCUGAACUUGGGAGCUUUUCUCUUCAUUGCAAAAUGGUACACGUAUAAAAGGCCUGUGAGGACUGAUCUCAAAUAGUAAUGGUAGAUACUAUGCUUUUAUCCUAUAAUUGUCCAACAAAAUUGAUGUGACACUCCAAAUCUACCGUUGGAUCUUUUUUUUUUUU